AUGGAUGCGCAGAAUGCUGUCGAGUCCGCAAACACGAAACAGGCUGCCUCGCCGAAGCGGGGAUUUGCUGAGUCUGAAGAUCCCAAGUCGACGGUGACAGCGAAUAACGCCACAACCAAUAACAUUAAGCCUUCACUGACUGCAAAACCCCCUUCCACAUCUAAGGAGUUGCGACCCGUACCGAUAUUAUCAAGUGUGCAGGAUGAUGAUGUUGGACCUGAUCAGAACUCGGACGCCGAGACAAUCGUCCUGCCAGGCAAGGAUGGUGUCUCUCCGUCGAAACCUCGAAAGGUAAUAAAGCACGAAGAUAGGAGCGAUGGUGAGAUUGAUGAUGUUUUACCGCCUCCGAGGAAGUAUUUGAAGGAUGGUAAAAACGGCGAUCGCAAUGGUGGUCCUUCCGAUGAUGUAGCCUUCCUAGAAAGGAAGAAGCGACUGCCUGGAAAAGAGAGGCAACCGCGAAGUAAAGAAGUAUCAAGUGGGCUUAGUUCUGCUCCUGCUUCUCCGCCUCCACACCGUCGCAAUAACCACGAGCACAUUCACCGGCGUCGCAGAUCCAGUGAUGCACAUUCGGAAUCAGGCUCCGAAUCAUCUAAGACGAGACCUACAAAAGAUACUAUCAAACAUAAGUCGAAAUCCGUAGAUAGGUUAUUACCUGGCAAGCGCAAGGCACCCAAGGCAGAAUCUGAUGACGAAGGCGAGUCGCGGAAAGUUCGUCGACCGCGUAUUUCAGACGCGGGCCUUGACAACCAAGCUGUUGUUGCUAGGGAGAAGGACCAAAAACCGUCAUCAGUCCGACUACCCCACGACAGACAAUCCACUUCUCGAAACCGAUCGUUGUCACCUCAUGGUCGUGCUCACCGACGUAGCCUUUCAACGCAACUUCCAUCUCAGUCUUCGAAUGGCUUUAGCACGAAGAAAAGGCGUAUACCUGCACCCCUUCAAUCUACCGAUUAUCACUCCGACGAUUCAUCUGCCAGUGGAAGCCCGCAUCCUCGAAGUUCGAAAUUAAGAAGUAUAGCUACCCCCGUCACUGGUGAAUCAACAAUCUCACCCGCAAGGAUGCCAGCCCACAAGAAGCAUGUUGAUAAUCAUGGGCAGACAUUGCUCGCUAAGGCCUGUGCGAAAGGCGAAUACGAAGCUGCUAAGAAGCGGUUAACCGAACGACCUGAAGAUUUAAAUUUUGCUGAUUAUGCUGGAAACACACCUCUGCAAGUUGCGUCACUCAAUGGCCACGAACAAAUUGUCCAACUUCUUAUUGAUGCGGGAUGCAAUCUGGACUGCCGGAAUAGCGACAAGGAGACACCGCUUCUUGAUGCUGUAGAGAACGGUCAUCUGGGUGUCGUUAAGCUCUUGCUGAAGGCUGGUGUAAACCCCCGAAAGGCGGAUGCUGAGGGACACGAACCAUUGGAGAAAGUACCCGACGAGUUAGAAAACGCGGAAGAAAUCCGAGCUGCGUUGCGGGAGGCGAAGGAGAGGGUGGGCGAGCUGCGGCGAACUUCCGAAGACCACCCACCUCACGAUAUGCCGGAUACCCUUUCCUCCCACGGACCUGAAAGUCCUCGUCGUUCACCCGCAGCGUCAGGUAGCAGCACAUUAGCAGCCCAACGCCGCGGCGGUGCCGUACGGUCGACGAAGACCAGCAAUCAUCUGUUGUAUAUGAAUCUCGAUGACAAGACUCUUCGACAAGCUGCGGCGCGAGGUGAUAAUGAGACGGUGACCCGUGUACUGCAAGUCAAGGAACGUUGUGACGAUCCUGAGGCUCUGGUCAAUGCAGCUCGCGGUGGCCAUAGCUUUGUGGUCGAACUCCUGCUCGCCUUAGGAGGCGCGAACCCAGAUCCGCUACGACCUGUUCCAGGCCUCCCGACAGAACAUGGGACGCCAAUGUUAGCCGCUAUUGGUGGAGAGAAUAUCGAGGUUAUCAAACUUUUACUCAACGCGUCUAAUUUUGACCCGACUCGUCGUUUUAAAGGUCAGACUUAUUAUGAAAUAGCUAGACGUCGGGAGGGACCUAUGUGGAAGGAGGAAGAGCAUCUUCUCAAGAAUGCUUACGACGAAUUUAAGAAAUCGCCCAAAGUUUCCUCCAAGACAAAGUCUCCGGGCAGGCGAGACCGUGAUCGCGAACUAGACCCAGAGUCGAGACGUGCCAACCGCAACGAGUCGAACUUGGACGCUGUCCGAUCGCAUAAGCGUCGGCCAUCUAGCCCCUCCCGAGAUGUCGAGUCUAAAAAGAAGGCCAGCUCUACUAAAGUUUCUGGAAGUCCUAAGGAGAAGAGGCGCUCGCUUUCUUUUGGUAAUCAUGACGAACAGACCUCGCCUAAGCGUGGACCGGGACGCCCCAAGAAAGAAGAGCGGGUUUCAAGUAUUGCUACAUCAGAUCGCGAGGUUUCUCCUGCUGUGUCUAAGACCCUUCCGUCGAAGUCAAAAUUGGUAGACUCGGACCCCGCUAUUAACUCUUCUGAUACCGAAACUGCAAAGCCGCGGAGGAAGCUUAUUUCGGGUAAAGAAUUGAAAGGGCACAGGGAAAAGCAGCGACGUGCGAGCUUAGCGUCAAACAACUCAACCACCGAGCGUGGCGAUCCCAGAAAUGAAGAUGUGCUAGAAAAGCGACCAGAUCGGCUCUCCGAGAAAUACCAUGAUCGAACGAAGGCAAUAAAGCGUGACGAGUCUAAUGAUAGGUUGUCUGUAGGUGAAGGUUCAGCCAAGAGGCCUCGAUCUAGUGUUACGCCACCUCGGCAUGGGCUUACAGAUAAAGACGAUACCGACGCUCCUAUUAAGAGAAGGAGAUUGGAUCCCGACAGCAAAGAAAGACGACCAUUUCAAACCUCUUCACCCGAAAGUCGACAGCAAAAACGGGAUCCAUCACGGGACCCCGUUAGGUCACAGCGACCCUCGGACGACCGUAAAGAAGCGCCAAAGGCCAAGAAGGCCAGUCGCGAUCGUAGAGAGUUAGAUAAAGCAAGCCCUCUAGAAAAGACUAGCAUCACUGUAGCCUCCGAAGACGUUGACGUGGAUAUGCGUGACGCACCCCAACCACACUUAGUUGAAGAGAGCGAAUCGCAUAUUGACCGUGAGCGCAAAGAGGCAAAGAGAAAGCAAGCCGAAGCCGAGGCGAUAGCUGCUGAGGAAGCGAAAAAGAAAGAAAUCGAACAAAAACGUCAAGAAGCAGAGAAGAAAAAACAGGAGGCAGAGGUACGACGACGUGAAGAAGUUGAAAAGAAGCGUCUUCAAGAAGAAGAGCGAAUACGCCUGGAGAAAGAAGAAAAGAGACGAAAAGAAGAGGAGGAAAGGGUGCGACUAGAAGAGGAGCGAAAGGAGAAAGAGGAGCAGGAGAGAAAGCUACGAGAAGAAGAGGAGAGAAAGCGAAAGGAGGAAGAAGAACGUAAGCGACAAGAGGAAGAAGCUAGAAUCCGUCGCGAGAAGGAGGCUGCCGAAGAAGCCCAACGCUUGCGAGAGGAGGAAGAGCAAAAGGAACAAGAGCGCAAACGUGAAGCCGAGAUGCAGCGUGCUCGCCAGGAAGAGAUGGAGAAGAUCCGUCUAUCCAAGUUGCCUCCUCUAUUACGCUGGCUCGAUGCCUGCCCAAACCCCAAGCAAAAGGACAUAGCCGAGCUCUUCGCUAUAGCGCGAGGGGUAAGGUAUGAUACGAUUAACCCUUCCGCCACUGGCCACGCAAACGGACGCGAGCAAUGGUUGCUCAACACUCAAGUUGCCCUACUUUUGGGUGAGAAAGAUACCUCGCUGUCAAGAUAUACUGCGUGGGAGCGUAUUCCAGUAUCGCAUAUAGCAAAGAGAGUUAUCUGGCGGCUAGAGCAGGAUAGAUAUGCUCUAACAGAAGGCAAACUGUAUCACUUAGGAGAACAAUUACCCAAUUUCUACGGAGGUAAUCCUUGGUCAGUUGGCUAUAGGAGACUCGAACAGAUUCGUGGUGAGGCGUGGAAGUGUUUCUCCGAGACGGAGAUGUUCUUUAUCAAACAAUCCGACUUCCUCUACAUCGUUCCAACCAUACCUCACCUUCGCAACGUCAAAUUGUCGAUCUGGUAUUGCGAGCUCCCAGAGCAUGAAUCCGCCCUCUCAACUUGGAGUACCCCAGCCAAAUGGAAACAAGAUCCGGAUGCCGAAAGCCGUGGAGGGUUUGCACCUCAAUCCAAGUAUUAUAUUAACGGGGAACUGGUGGGCGAGAAGAAGCCACAGCCAUACCAACCAAGCAAAAGUCCAUUUCCAGAUCACCGGGUCCCAAGAAGGGGCGGGCUUGUUGCAGUCACGCCAGAUGAGCCUGACUAUGCGCGCAUCUGCAUUGAGCAGGGUCUAACACACCUCCUUACGGAUCAACAAAAACAAGCUGUGCUGAACGGGGCACAUUUGACCCCUCGGAGCAUGGUGUCGAACGAGGCUCUAGACUACAUGGGCGAGAAUUUAUCCCCUUCGACCGAAUUACCGAGUACUAGACUAGUCAACGGCAUCAAGAGCGGCCACGAAUCCCUGGACAAGCUUCCUGUUAAUGGCACCAGUGGAGAUGAUUCGGGAAGCCAGCGACGGGGUAGUUAA